CAACAAACAAACUCUGCUCGUCUACAACUAUCUAGUCAAUAUGGACUUAGUGCAAAGCCAGUUCUUGAUACUCUUUAUUGGGACAGAUAUUUACAAUCAGCACAAGAUGCUUAUCAUGCACUUGCUGGUAAAGCUACACGUCUUCUAGAUAUAACUCUUAGAUAUUUAAAUACUAAUAGAGAAGUAGCUUGGCUUAAGUGUUGGAAAAGUAUUAAAAAACUAGCAAGAUGGUUACAGAUACCAAAUCUGCUAACCCAUCAUCAUAGUUUUAUAUUUUCAGAUACUUUAUACCUGGCAAUGUUAAUGCUAUUUAUUCUACGUUACUUUUUAUCACCUUCACAUUUAAAGGCUGAAAUAAUUGAACAUUUAAAAAAUAUAUAUAAGCUUAUUUGUAAUGAUCAUACUAUUAUUAAACUAAUAGAACUUUUGAUAGUUGAAGCAAAACUACUUAAGUUGGCUUUCUCAACAACAAUGACAAAUAACACUUAUAAGGAGCUUCGUAGUUUGUUUGAAAAAGAACGAAUUGGUUUUUUGAAGAUUUUUCUAGAUAUAUUUGAAAACUUACCUAAUGUUCAUAUAAAUGUCUAUUUGCUACAACAUGCUCAUACAUUUGCAACUCUUGUGAACACAUCUGUUGGAGUCAAAGAAAUGCCAAAAACAAGAGCAAACAUUGAAGGAUGGUCGACAAAACUAAGUAGUCAGCAUUCUCUUUUUCAUGAUUUACAUAUAUCAUUUUCAGAAUAUUUUAGUUUACAAAGUGCUUUUCUUAAUAAUGAAUUAGAAUUUUUUGAUUAUAUUUCAUAUACUAUCAUUGAAAAUGAUAGAAAAUCAACUUGA